AUGAAGCCCAACAGUUUUUUUUCUUUUAUCGUCUACUUUGUAUUUGUAGGGCUUAUUGCCAUAUUCGUACAAGGUGUAAACGCUGCUCCAGAGGCUAAUCUGCCAUGUCCUGACAAAUUAUAUGAGAGCGUUUGUUCAGAAAAUAGCGGUUGUGUUCGUGUGACGAGGAGCAGUGAGGUGGGUUCUUUGUUUAAUCUAACAGGGGGAAUAGGGAAAUUGUCUGUUGCAAUGUGGUUGAAGAUGACAAUUGAAGGUACUGAGAUGGUUCCCAUUCUUGACGUCCUUGGACACCACACGAUGAAUGAUACCGUUGUGGAUGGUGACCGGAUUCAAUUGACGUGGGAUCCUGCACUUGGGCAACUACAGUUGAGAGUCUCAGCAGGAGAAAACGAACUCACAGUGACUGGACUGGGCGUUGUGACACUUGCAUCUAACCGUUAUCGUAGCGUUUUGUUAACUAUAGAUGCAUCAACAGGUGUGGUUACAGUCUCUAUUGAUUCUGUGGAGGUAAUCCGGGAAGAAAUGGUGAGUCUAAGAAACAGCGGACUUGCUUUUUCUCCACUAGCAUCAAUGGGAUAUGGUACAACUGCAACCCCCAUUCCAUGGAGUUGGGAUGCAAUUACAACAUUAGGAUAUGUCACGGUAUUUAAAGGGAAAAUUCUUGAUCGAUUUGGGGCAGAGUAUAUGUCUCAGUUCCGAAUGCCAUUGAAAGGAACUCAAAGUGGUUGCCUUGUGGAUACCGAAACUGAGGAUCCUGGAUCUCCCCUAAAAGUUGCUGACGCUCAUACUUUUUUCUUUUACAAAGACUACAACCACUCUGGUUUUUCUUUUGUGGGAGCAUCCAUAAUAGGUGGAGAAAGAACAGUUCUUGAAUCCUCGUUUAUGCUUAAUGUACGUAAUUCUACUGGUAAUAUUACGUUGAAAUCCAAAAGUUGGACUCCUGAAGAGGAAGAAAAUCACUCGUGUGGUACUACGCAGAGUGCUACUUUUGAAUACCCGGUAUCAGUUCCUGUAAAUGCAAAAAAUUUUACCAUGAAAUUGGUAUAUGGUACUAAUCCACCUGAAUUGACUUCAUUUACUCUAAUAAACAGAGUAACUGGUGAUGUGCUAGGACAUUAUAUGUCUCCCUUGUAUCUUGAUACCUUGUGGUUUCACUACAAUGGUACAUCAUUGGAUUUUCAAUUACAGAGUGGUGGUGGAUUUGCUUCUUUUUGUAUUGCAGCAGUAAAUGGUUAUGAUAUGGGAAAUGUUCUCGCUGAUCCACAUUUGUCUUAUUACGAACAGGAAACUAGUAUAACCCUUUAUGCAGGAGUUCGUGAAGGAGAUUUUGGGGCAUUGUUACCCUUUAAUGAAUCAUGUUUUUCUUCUUCUGCCGUAUAUGAAAUGUUUGAUCGUGUUUGGACGACCUCUUUAGAAACUGGUUACUAUGUUUUUACUGUAAGAAAUAAAAAUCCUGGGAAGUACAAAUUAUGUCUACAUCCUAUUAAUGGACCUGGACAAAAACGUGUUGCUGCUCAAUGUGAAGCGAAUGAUACAACAAGUACGUUUUUUUGUGAAUUCUUUCUUGUUCGUACACCUGAAAAUGCCAUUCCUCUUCCUAGUGGAUGGAUAAGCAAUAUGCUCCAUCUUGGGGAAUCUUAUUAUGAUUCACUUCCACUUAUAGGACUUGAUGCUGAUCCUUUUGUUUCAACUGGAGGAGAAUCAUUACAGGAACCUGACUUUGGAGAUUCUUUAUAUUUGGAUAAUAAACGAUAUCUUUGGUCUCCAUUACAAGCAGAAGAUGGAAGAUUUGCCCGUAAUAAUGAAACAUCACCUCCCUAUUGGGUUCAAUAUUUUGCUAUUGCUAUUUACAGCCCUAAUACACAAAAUGGUGUAAUCAAUGUGCGUUAUAAUACUACAACUCGUGUAUAUUUUGACGGUAAUAUUGUAUUUGAAAAGCAAACUUUUUUCCCAAGAAAUGAUUAUUCAUCUGUUUUUCUUAUGAAAGAAGGAUGGCACCAAGUAAUUGUCAAAGUGAUUUACUCCAUAUUUGGACGUACAGUUCCUGAAAUGUCAAUUCGUUUUGAGAAUGCAAAAAGUUUGAGUUGGAAUUAUGUGAAGGGUACAGAAAAUACAACCGAUUGUGCAAAUGGUAAUAAGACUAUUGCGUGUUUUGAAGGACCUAACAUAACAGUUUCAUACGAAGAUUGUAUGGAAGCGGGAUGUUGUUAUGAUGCACUUAACCCUAUUAAGUGUUUUGUUUCAAAAACUAGUCGUCCAUAUCGUGCUGAUGGAUUAUGUGGACCUGGUAUUCCCAUAGAUUCAGAUGAAUUUGAAUUUGCACAAUGUAAUUUACAUAGUUGUUGUUCUAACGGUUACUGUGGUAGAAGCUAUGCAAAUUGUACAUGUACUACUUGUGUAGACUAUAAUUUUGUGCAGAAGCCAAGAAGUCAAUAUAUUCUUUGGGGAAACAGAGCAAUGUGUUCUGGUUCGCGUGAUAUACAUAUUGGUGUCCUUACGAAGGAUAUUUGUGAAUUGAGAUGUAACCGUGAUGAUAAUUGCUCAGCCUUUUCUAUUGGGACCCCGGAUACAAAUGGUAUUGCCGAUUGCUAUUUAUCAUAUGGUGAAUGUUCACUAACUGUGGAAGAUCCAAGAGCGAGUGAAACGUAUCUACGUCUAAGUGAUGAAUGUGAUAUGACAACCCCUAUAAACGGAAAUUGUACUGAAGGGUCUGGAAGUUUCACUUUAUAUGGUAAUGACAUAAGUAAAGAAAGUUGUUUGUAUGGUUGUUAUAUGACAGCACAAUGUGCUGUUGCUGUAUACAACACUGAAGAGAGGACUUGUAUGUUUUCCAGUACUAAUUGCACAGCAACUUCAAGUGAACAAAGUCUCCUGAGUCGAUUUCAGUGCUCUGGUUAUAAUUUAAAACCUCCUGUUCCACUUCCUGCAGUUCCACCGGUGCCAAAUGCAACCUCUCUUGGUUGUUACAAAGAUCCUGGGAAGGAGUACUUUGCAAGUUCCAAUUAUUCUGAUUAUCCUAUGAAUAAUUAUGUUGAAAAUUACUUUAUAGUAUUCAUUGGAGAUAAAACUGCUUGUAUGGAACAUUGUGCUGGUGUUGGUACACUUUAUUUCGCCCUUACAGAUGGUGUUAUUUGUACCUGUGGUGUAUAUAAUAACGAGUCCCGACGUGAGACAAAUCAGAAUCUCUGUAAUAUUUCUUGUGAUGACAACGAAAACAAUACUCACUGUGGCGGUGAAGUCUCCGCGUCUGUGUACCGUCUGGAGCCGUACGUUGGCAUCUGCCCUCACGGCUACGCCCACUUUGAGAACGCGUGUUUCAAAUUCGUCGCUGAUCCUCUCUCAUGGGGAGAGGCCCGGCGGCACUGCCACGGCGACGGCGCCACUCUGGCGAGUAUUGCGAAUGAGACCCGCAGUCAAUUUCUCCUCUCGCUGGCGGGUGGGAAGGCGGCGUGGACGGGAGGCCGCCGGGCGGUGGGGACGGGCGGAUUCCCCGUCUUGACGUGGACCGACGGCAGUCCCGUCCAAUUCACCGACUGGCUUCCCGGUGAGCCCAGCGGGGGCGGCGGCGAAGGGAAUGAAGAAGGAGACGGAUGUGUGUUGACGACGACAGAGCACCCCACGCCGUAUGAGGGAUCCUGGCGAACAGCAUUAUGCACCGCCAGUCAUGGAUUUCUCUGCAUGAUGAACCCAAGAGACCGAAACGGGAGACUACGACUGCACGUGGGGAGUGUGGCAGGGACGACAGGGCAAAUGCAUUGCGUGGAGAAAAGUGAGUUUUCACAGCAAACCAGUGCAAACCUGGUGGGACACUAUUUGUUGCAUGAAGAAGGAUUUGAUGGCACAACGUUUCAUGAUGAAAGUGAUCAGGGUAAUGACAUGGAGGUUAAAGGAGCAACAACGUUCAAUUGGGUGAAUGGAGUAAAAAAUUCAAGAACAUUACAGUUUGAUGGAUCUUUUCAUCUUAAAGCAAAAAAUGUGUAUGAUUUUCAAUUACCCACAUUAACUGUGGCAGUUUGGGUGAAUAUAGGAAAUUCAACUGUGGCAAACAAAGUGGUAUUAUCCAAAUCAUAUUCUAAAACAAAAAAUCCUACUUUUCCUCUAUAUGAAUGGGCUUUGGCAUAUGACAGAAGGGGAUAUCUUUGUUUUAUAAUAACCUCUCAUUGGGUUUGUAGUAAAACUUUAACACCUCAAAAUGAGUGGGUACAUGUCGCUGGUGUAUAUGACGGUUCAACAAUGAAUUUAUUUCUGAACGGUAAUUUAGUUGAUGAUUUAAGUAUACCAUCAUCUGAUUUUGUACAUGGUAAUGAAACAUUUGUAGUAGUGGGAGGUGAAAAUAGGGAUCCGGUUACCCAUGAGAAUGAUUUUAUUGGUUCAAUAGACGACGUUCGUAUUUAUAAUGCUGCAUUUAGUGCAUCAUAUAUAAUGUAUCUUGCCAAUUGUGAAAAGACUGAUAGUUUAGGUAAUACAAUAUCCAUGUACAACAUGCAAAGAGGUAUCCUUGAUUUUUCUGGUAUUGGUUUCUCAUCUGAUACAGAUAUUGUAUUAUCACCGGAACCUUGCUACUCUGGGGCUGAAGUAAAAUAUACCAAAGUAACUUUGUUUCCAUACAGCUCUUUUCAAGCUAUAUUAUUCUUAAGAGAUGGUACAGUAAAUGGUGGUGUCUCAGCGUGGACAUUAAAUUUGUGCUCGGUAAGUUCAAUAGAUUCAAAUAUGAUUGAAGGUGAUCUUAACUUUAAGAUAGCGGCAGUUUCCAUUACGUCUUUUAUGAAUGUUUCUUCAGUUAUUGGCGUUAUAACCUUGGAUAAAAAUACGAUUUAUCCUCUAAAGAUGGGAUUGGUUGGUCAUAAUCUUGCAAAUGGACAGGCACUAUUUUUAUCUUCAACUUCUCAAUGCCACUCUGAACAUGUACUUUUGGUAAAAAAUGUAGAUGAAAGUGGUACAAAUGGUGAAGUAGAAUUGACAAAGGCUCUAAAUGUUCCAUCUGUUUUUGUUUGCUGGUCUGCAAAUGAAACUAAUAUGGGAGUUCUUACACCAUUUCGUAUUAAUUCAGGAGAUACCAAUGAAACUGCUAUAGUAGACGGAUCGAAACAGAUCACUUCUUCACUCAUUCAGAAUGGUUUUUAUGAAAGUGAAGUCAGUUUUUUCCGUUCUUGUUUGACCUAUGAUGACCUUGGUGACAAUUUUUAUGUGAUAGUUAAUAUGGGCUCAUUUCGGGAUGUUUUUAUACCUGUUAAGGGUGUAGAUGUUUGUACUCUUCUUACUUCAACUAAUACCUUAAACUAUAUGUAUUCACGUGCUUCACCGGAUGAUUUUUAUUUCACUGGUCGGGUUCAUGCUGUACCACCAUAUCGAGAUCUUCCGGGAGCAUUAGGUGGUUCGCCUAUUGGAUAUCCAUUAGCAUCUCCUCGUCAGCGUUUGUCCACUUGGGGCAGUAACCAAGUUGUAAGAACUCGUGGUGGUUGUUGUCAGACGCAGCCGGAAGAUAUCCCAGCAUGGGGACGUGCAUACACCCUUGAAGUUCGUCCUAUAAGUGAAGAAAAGGUAUGGUUAGAUUGGGAACACCCAUGGGUGGGUGCUGCUGGGACAGGCUUUUACUUUCGAAUUUCUUUAAGAAACUUUCGUGGUGAGGUACAAACAGGUAGACGCAGAUUUAAGAUAAAAGUUGGUUCUAACCCUUAUAAGGACAUGCUAUCAGAUACUAAUGGUAUUUUGGAGUUUAUGUAUAAUGAAGAAAAUUUUGAGGAAGGGGAAGUAGUAUCAAUUGAAGUUAUGGUUGAUGAAAAUAUUACACCAGAAAAUGGAAAGGAACAUAAACAUAGAAUUAUGGUUGGUACCGCUAUUCCAGAACCAGCGAUUCCAUUGGAUAGUACUAAACCAAUUGGACAUUUGCUCCGUUUUGGUUCAUUAGAAGAAGGUAUUGAACCUUCAGAGUACACUGAUCCUCUUGACUAUGAUUGGUUUUUUGGAGAAGAGCUAAAAAUGCGUCCAUAUGAUGGGAUGACCAGCACUGCAGAAACUGGUGAUGGCGAAAGUUACACAAGUACAUGGCGAAAAGUUGAUUUAGAUACCAGUGGAUAUUUUGAAGUAAAUGUUAAAGGUGGGACAUUACACUAUUUUGCCUUUGCUUUAUUUGUUACUGGAAGUGAAUUAAUAGAUAUUGAAGUUGAUUUUAAUGGCCCAAUGGAGAUGUUUUUUGAUGGUAAGAUUGUCUUUUCUACCAGCUAUAACAAUAAUGAAAGUCAAACAGUACUUCCAUUUGGGUGGCACCAGGUUUUGAUCAAAGCAUAUUCUACAGAAGAUAAUAUGCGUAUGAAAAUUCGUAUAAUGUUAUCUGGGGGUGGUAGUUUUUACAGUUUACCCUCACUUUUUCCUCCAAAUACAAUGGUAUUAAAAGAUGGUGAACCUAUUUCAACAGCUUUAAGACUUGGAAGGGAGAAUGAAUACAUUUACGAAGUUUUUGGUGAAGAUAUUAUUGGAAAUAUGCAAACUAUGCGUCCUCGUACAGGUGAUAGAACUUUUACUGGUCAUAUGUGGCAACCAGCACAUGCUAGUUUUGGACAAUGGAAAGUGGAUGGAACUGAAUCUACUGUGGGAGUUUAUGCUAAUCGCUACUUAGCCUUUGGUUUGUAUGCCUUACGAGCUCAACUCAUAACUUGGACAGUUUACUGUCAUGGACCAGUGAAGAUAUGGAUAAAUGGUGAUGUAACUUUUGAAUGCCCAGAGAAUGAAUUACCAGGUAGAAAAACGUUUUAUCAAAAUGUUUAUAUUGGAUGGUAUCAGAUGAUAGUGAAAAUAGGAGCUUCAUAUCAAAACACAUGGUUUUUUUCAAUGACUCCCUUCGAAACUAAUGAAAUGAUUGCAAUUGCUUACGAGUUGGGUUCAUUAUUACCAAAUGAUAUAAUGCCUCUUGGGAGUGGGGAAGUCAUUACGGAGAUGCUGCUCUUGCAAUCAUCAGAAGGAUUGGACGGACGUCUUUCAGAAAUUCCUUAUACUUCAGAUGUAGAAAAUCCAAUGAGGACUGAUUUUGAUCUUAAUCAAGCUAUUAAUACAACAAGCAGAGUUACAGUGAAUAUUUAUGAUGAAAAACCGGUUGAAUUUUAUUGGAAUCCUCGGGUAAGCACAGAUGGAAUUUUUGGUAGUUACACUGAUAUUAUAGCUGGUAAGUAUAAUCAAUACUACUCAUUUGCAGUGUACUCUACAGGAGUAGUUGGGGAUAUUUAUAUAGGUUUCGAUGAUGCCUUCAGCCUUUUUAUUGAUGACAAUUUUGUCCAUAAUGAAUCUACUGGUUCCUUUGCCGUUAUUCCAUUUAAUUUAACCUUAGGAUGGCAUCGUUUGAUCUUUAAACUUACUGCUAAAGACGAUUUCCAAUGGAUUAGUGAUGAUGGUAGUACAAGCUGGCCUCAAGCAAUGAGUAAUUGUCAGAGUAGUGGAUACUCUCAGUUGUGUAAUUUUGAUGCCUAUUGUCCUUACAUACUUAAACGCAAAAGUCUUCCAGACUUUAGAGCUUCUACAUUUGCUCCAAUACUAUCUGAAAGUAAUUAUGGAGUGGAUGAUUACGUUCAAAUUCACUCUGGUGGGGGUAAUUCAACAUCUGUGUGUGAGCGGUGGUCAGAAACGCAUGAAGGCAAUGGACCAUCAUGGGCUAAAAGUGAUGAAGUUGUUGAGGUUCGUCGUGGAUAUGGUUGUUGUGGUUUCUUUGAAGCUCCAAAGAUUUCUGUUCGACUUUAUUAUGAUAAGGGAGAAUUGGGAUUCAGUACGGCAGUACCAUCAAACGCUGUGGAUCCUCCAUCAGGCACAGUAGAUGAUCCUGAAUCUACAGAGCAAGUGGUAACACUUUCACAUCCAGAUAAGGAUGUAAAAAUUUUCUAUGAUUUUUCACUUGCAUUAGAUAAUGUGACAAGAUAUACUUCCCCAUUUAUGGUUACAGAGAACUCAGUUGUUAUUUAUUGGGCAGAAAAAGGUAUUUAUCGUAGUGAAUAUCGCUAUCUUAUAAUUGAAAUUCCAACUUCAGCUGUUCUACGACGUUCUACCUGUCCAGUAAAGUUACCUUGUGCUAUUGGAGUAACAGGUACAGCCAUAGGGAAACAUAUGGCAAUUGUAUGGGAAAAUUAUGCAGAUAUUAAGUUAUAUGAUAAUUAUUCAACUGCCUCUGAAAUUCCUAGAAGUUCACGAACCAGUGGAAUUGUGACUGUAGAGUCACAUUUUCAUAUGUUUAUUCCUGUUGAAGGAUUGUUAGAAGGUUUAUAUGCUGGAUUUCACUACCCUUUUAAUGAUAUCGGACAUCACUUGAGUAGUGCUGUCCGUAUUGAACCUUUCACUCUCUCACCAUUACAGUUAAUUGGACAUCAGGAUAGUACCUUUAAAGUUGAAGGGUUAGGAACAUGGGAUGGAAUAUUAUUUCUGGAACAAUGGAGUAAAGAAUCUACAACAUGUGCAGUACCUAACUGUAUUUCAGCUUUUAUAAAUUUCUAUCGGUAUACAACCCUUGUACGUCCCGGAAACACAGCAAGAAUGGAUUUACAUGAUUUUAGUGGAGAUAUUCACUGUGUCUGUGUCUGUGUUACGGGUUCAUCAAUAGGGAAAUCCAGAGAUUCUCUUCUCUACGAUCCCGCUUUUGUGAGUGCAGUGCCAAUGGAUAUUCAAGUUUUACCACCACCCAAACCUACAAAUGAUACAGUUUGGUUUAUCACACCAAAUGAACCUAGCGAUGGUGAGGAUAUCUACUUUGGUGGUUACUUCAGUAGCACAUCUUCAGAAGACUAUAAUGUGUUAAUUGAGCCUAUUCGAUCAAAUAACACCGUACGCUCACCAACGUGCCGUGUAAAGCAGGUAAAUCAAACUAUGCUUGUUUGUACCAUUUCUGUUCCUGUUGGAACUAUUGGACUGUGGAAUACAUCUAUUUAUAAAACUGGUGUGAAAGUCACUUAUGAAGGGGUGUUGAAUGUACUUGUUUGUGUGCCGCCAAGUUUGGUAAUUUCUGCCGCAUUUGGGGAGUGUGCGGCGAAGAGUGCGGAUUGUGUAGAUGGGGCCUUCCUUACCUUCAUUGGUACAAACUUUGAUCAUUAUCACCCAACGCGUAAUAUAAUCCUGCUGUUUCCAAGCCUAAACAAAAGUGAGAAACACACCUACCAACAUGGAAGAAAAGAAAAAGAAGAAGAAAUAAUAAGAAAAAGAGAUAUGAUACUUCACAAUGCGGCGGCGUGGGAGGAAACACCGCCGGGCAUCCCAACAUGUGUGACGGUGUCCGUAACGGCCACAACACUGAAGUGUCAACUUGAAAACACCACACGAGUGGCGAUGCGAUCACGAUAUGAAGUGGGAUUAAUCCUGCGGCUCACACGAUCCAACACCCGUAUCUACACAACGAAUGAAACGUUACUUUUACGGGGCGGUUCACAACCCGGUUGGUCCGGCACUACUGUGCCUGUGAUUCCCCCAGACGCCCCUACCAGUUCUUCUCAUAAUACAUUAAUUAUUGUUUUGUGUGUUGUGAUUGCGGUGAUUCUUCUUUUAAUCAUUGUCGCUGUGGUGUUUAUGAAGAAACGAUUUAGAUUUGUAAAGAAGACACAGGCAGAUGAGGAGAUGAUGUACAUGGAGGAACAACUCCUGCAGGCGGAACAGGAAAGCACCGCCUCUCUCAAACGCACCGCAAUGAAUGCACCCAUCCCACCACUGAAAGAGGCACAACAACACCACCACCAACGAUCACAACAACCACCAAAACAAAUCAAACUACACGAUCAUUUACUGGAUAAUAAUAAUAAUAAUAAUAAUAAUAAUGCACUGAAUGAGUUGUAA